CACUAAAGCGCUUGUAUCGAAUACAAGAAAUUAUUUUUUAUUAGCAGCGGUAUGAUUGUGGUUUCCACUGUUUUUUGCUUUAAUUUAACACAAUUAUAGGUAAUCAAUAGGUAUACUUCUACCUGUAGCAGGUUUUGCUAAAGAAAAAUGGCAGAGUAUGGUGCUGAUUCUGGGGGUAGAGUCAAGGGAGUUACAAUUGUGAAGCCCCUUAUUUAUGGGAAUAUUGCCAGAUAUUUUGGAAAGAAGAGGGAGGAAGAUGGUCACACUCAUCAGUGGACGGUGUAUGUUAAACCAUUCAAAAAUGAGGACAUGUCAGCUUAUGUGAAGAAAAUAAAUUUUAAACUACAUGACAGUUAUCCUAAUUGCAACAGAGUAAUAACUAAGCCUCCAUAUGAAGUAACAGAGACAGGCUGGGGAGAAUUUGAAGUGGUUAUCAAGAUUUAUUUCAACGAUCCAAAUGAAAGACCUGUGACUUUGUAUCAUCUUUUGAAGCUCUUCCAGAGUGAAACAGACAUCAUGUUGGGAAAGAAAUCAUUAGUUGUAGAAUUUUACGAUGAACUGGUAUUCCAAGAUCCAACAGUUAUGAUGCAAAACAUAUUACAAAGUCUCCGACCUAUUUCUAUGGGAUCUUAUAAACAUGAAACUGAUUUUGAGGAAAAGAAAGAAAAGACAAAGCAGAACAUUGUAUCAGCAAAGAACAAAAUCCAAUAUGAAAUCCAAGAAUUAAAUGAAAGACUUAAACAAAGGAAAGAAAUGAUACAAAAACUCAAAGACGAAUUAUCAAAAGUAGACGAACAUAUUAACAUAGAAGAGCUUGUAGAAGCUGUGACGUAACUUAGUGCAAAUGUUACAUAAUUUAGUGUGAAACUAAUUACCACUGGAUGUGUUCAAUAUUUUAACAGUCAGAAGCAUAAGCUUUGACAAAAUGAUUGUGUGAAUUAUAAUGGAAGUUCAACAUAGUUAAUUGUAAAUAGAUGAACCGAUAAAAGAUGUCGGAAGAUGAAUAAUGGAAGAACUGCUUCCAAACAAAUUACAACUUGAAAAGUAUAGAUUUGAUCAUUUGCAAAUAUUUGAGGCAAUGUUGACUUAAUGUAGUUUUUUUUUAAUGUCUCAUUUGAUAUUAUCAGGCAACAAAGUAAAAAAAGAAACUAAAUAAUAGUUAAAAAAAAAUGCCAUCACAUGAUACCAUUAAACUGUAAUCUUUUUGACUAUAAUUAUAAUUGCAGUUUUGUCACUGAAGGACGAUGUUUUUUUAAGGGCUUCCUUCACAAAUAAAAGCUGAAAGUGGAGAUUAUCACCAACAAACCAAUCUUUAAAUGUUUUUUUUACUUCAAAAAAAUAAUAUUCAGCAGAAAAGGGAGAUUAAUCAAAAUCUAUGGGUAUAGCAUGAUAGUGUCACAUUGUUUCAUGAUAUCAUUGUUUAAUAUUUAUGAGUAUUGUGUUCUGUUUGUGAGGAUAAAAGAGAAAAUGUGCCAACUGAAAAUAAAUGAUGAUACAAUAUUAA